UUGUGUCUUUGUGUCAACAACUAUUUUGCACAAGCCCUCCUUUGAUUCUAUUCCCUGUGAUCAGGCCCAUGAUUCUGCUUCUCUGUGUGACGUAGAUGAAUCCUUCGGUUCUUCUUAUUUAAAAGGUGCAUUGAAAACUUUCAAAGCAUUUGGUUUGAGGCAUCUAUAAUUGCUGGGUGUAGUUUUUCCCACCAUUUCCUUAAUUACUCUUGGAACUGGACUUUUUGAUUUCUUGCUUGGUCCUAUUUCUUCUAUCAGAUUGUUUAUCCUUCGACUUGAUUAAUUUUCAUAAGUUUUGGAGAUAUGGGUACUACUCCCAUUGGUGCCUAUCAUUCACAUUCUCUUCAUAGUCAUGAUUGUAUAAGAGCUGGAACAUACUGAAAACAUAUUGACAAAUCACAAAUCAUAAAGAACAGCAAAUUGCAGGUUAAAAGGUGGUUAGCAGCAAGCUGUGUGCACGGCCCAGUGAAGUUGACAACUUUAUCUUUCAUAUGAAUAAUGGAAAACAAUUUUUUAUAGCUUUCUUUGUUGUGGAAUUAAUUUAUACUCCCUCCGUCCCUCAAUUUAUGUCCACUUUCAUUUUUGCACCAAAACCAAUGCAAAGGGUAAAAAGUCACAAAUGCCCUUUGUUUUGGGUCUUCUUCUCCACCAGCCCUUCUGCUACAAUUAGUUUAUGCACAACCCAUAGCAAUGGCCACCACCAUGUCUCCCCCAGUCUGAUCGCAGGGGCAUAGCCCCCCUCCCAUCCCCACCCCCUGUCAGAGUACCCAUUCCAAACUCCAACUAUUUACUGCCGAGCUACUGCGACCCAAGAAACCUAGUUCCAAUUUUGAAUUCCCAAUAUGGCCUGUGUCUAGCCUCCCCUUUUGACCCGGUUGCUGUCGCAUAAUCCAUUGCAACUCCUAUCCGCCCACCGCCGCGUAGUCCAUUGCUGCACAACCCAUCCGAUCAAAUUGCUGCCAAGACAUUGUUACAACUUACAAGGAGAUCCGAGAGAUUUGCAGAAGCACAUGAAUACAUAUGCAGAAGUAGAUGAAGAAGAAGACAGUGGCAUAGCUCAAAACAAGGAUUGGAUUGAAGCAAGAAUGCAAGAUUGAUUAUAUCUAGGUGAUGAAAUAUAUGGGUGGAUGACUGGAUGUAAAUAAAUCAAUAAAUAUAUGGAUGAGAAAGAAGAUAAGGCGUAAAUGAGUGUUUGUGGAAAAGGGCAAAAUUGACACUUUAUUGAAAUUUUUUUACUAAAAAAGGGAAGUGGACAAAUAUUGUGGGACGAUCCAAAAAGGAAUAUUGGACGAAUACUCAGGGACAGAGGGAGUAAUAAUUUAUUUUGCCUUUCCACUGCUUUGUAAGAUAUACCUCUUGACUGGGUUUUCUUUAACAAUCCAUAACACAAUUACUCUAACAAUGAAAGCUAUUACUUGGAGACUGAAGCAUCAUUCAAAAAUUAAGGCAUGGUGGUAAUUUGUUUUUAGUGUAAACUUCUAAAUUUCUGCCUCAAAGGAUGAUGUCUAAUUCUCUACUUUUUGUUUGUCACCAUCACCCGGAUGAUUUUGAAUUUACACUUUUUUCAUAUCUUUAUUAAUACGGAGUAUAUAAAUAUGUCCUUGGUUUUACACAUUUAUGACACAUUAACCCAUGGAUGUUUUAUUUUCUGCUUGCUCUUUAGCAUGCCCUCAUACUGUUCAUUUCUUUUGUGUAGCAAUGAAGUUAUUUAUAGUGUCUAUAAUCUCUUUUAGGUUAUCAAAAUUGGGAAAGAAAGAUAUACUGUUGGUGAGGCCUUCUUCCAGCCCUCUAUUUUGGGAUUAGGAACACAUGGAAUUGUUGAGCAACUUGUUCAUAGCAUUUCAACGGUAUCUUCUGAGCACCACCGCCAACUGCUAGAAAACACUGUGCUUUGUGGGGGCACUGCUUCAAUGACUGGGUUUGAAGAUCGAUUCCAGAAAGAAGCUAACCUUUGCUCAUCGGCUAUCAGCCCCUCUUUAGUAAAGCCACCAGAGUACAUGCCAGAGAACUUGAAUAUGUAUUCGGCAUGGGUGGGUGGUGCGAUACUCGCAAAGGUUGUCUUCCCUCAAAACCAACACAUCACCAAGGCGGACUAUGACGAAAGUGGACCUUCCAUUGUUCACAAGAAAUGUUUUUAGGGAAUAUAUAUAUAUAUAUAUAUAUAUACACUGACUUGUGUAACAUAGUCUGUUGUGUGGCUGAAACCAAAUGUGAUCUUGAUCAACGUAGUAGUACGGACCACUGCAAAGUACUGUAGUAUUAUUUAUUUUCUUAAAUAUAAAUCUUCAAUGUGGUAGGCUUGUUGUAGCUUAUACUGAUGUUUAAAUGAUACUCGUAGAAGUUAUUGCUUC